AAACAGCCGAUUUGCGGAGGGAGCCAACCAGGGCCGCACUGGAGGGGUCACGAUAGACGAGUUACCUCUGGAACAGAUGUGAGCUGGGUGCCUGGAAGGCUCAGAGGCUGUUGGUGGCAAGAAAUCCGGAAAUGGGAUCGAUCAGCUUGCAGUGGCGCAGAGGCAGCUGGGUGACUGUCCUGUGAGACCCAUGACAGAUGGGAGAGAGACGGGACCCUGCCAUUAUCAAUGUCUACACAACUUUUCGUUGCAAUGUAAAGGCAAGAUCCAUCUGCAGUUCUCUGGGACACCCAGGAUGGCUCAAUCUGAACCUUUCUGAGGCCUAUGUGAGUUGCUUUUGCGCUAUGCAUUGAGCAGGUGGUUAUACAUGGUCUUGGCUGCUGGCAUUUACAGCUAUGGCAUUAUAUUGGGAGAAGUUAGAAACACUGGGUGUUACUCUUUAGACUUCAGGAUUUGACCGCCACACAGUUCAAAGCUUAACUCUUACUUGUGGUAAUAAUUAGAUGAAGGGAAGCAAUGUUCAGAAAUUGAAUGAAAAAUAAUGUUUAAGAUAAUGUCAAGAUAUGAAACAUUAAACACUGAAACUUUGAAAGUCUGAUACCUUGUUUUGUCAACAUUUAAAAAAGGUUUGCAAGGUUCUUCCUUUAGUGCUUUCAAAUAUAAAUCUAAUGGUGCUCCACCUUUAAAAUUUUGCUUAGGAAGAAACUUGACUUAGUACAGAGUUUUGCAGUAGUGUUUUGAAGAAACUUAGUAUUUGAAAUUGAUGUUUUAGUGGCAGGAUGCUUGUAAAAAGAGCAAAACAUUACUAUAUAUAUGCAUACUAAAUAAUAUGGGUAAAUGACACUGGUAGAACAAAAGCAAGUGUCAGCAAAUUCAACAGUUUUGGCCAAAAAUAGUCUGGUCUGAAGCUAGUUCAGUCUGGUCUGAACUAGUUUUGUAAAACUCUUACUUGCCCUGUUGCUUUAGAGGAAAAAAGCUUCUUGGCAUACUUGAGUUACUACCUCAACAAAGGAAAAAUGACCUACUUAAAAAUGUUAUCAAACUUCUAAAAAGGAAAAAGAUAGGAUUUAUGGAUUGCUGCUUUAAUAAACAGAUAAUCUUAGUUUUUUUACAAAAAUUACUAGAAAAGUAUCAAAAACUUACUAUUGAAAGGUAAUAUGGGGAUUUCAGUCAGGUUGCUGAAGGAAGGAGAUGCUUGUGCAGUGUGUUCAGCACUACUUUCCUUUUCCAGCUUCUGCAAAAGCAAUUAAACUGCUUCCAUUCCUCUGCUCAUCUUGUUUAUUUUCUUCUCCAGCUUCUCUCUUCUACUGCCAAAAAAGAGAAAGUGUGGAAACUCGAUUUCUCCUGCUUGCUCUGUGUCACUGACCCUCUCCUUGAUGUGAAAACGCAUGAGGUUUUAGUCCAGCCAUAUAUAUUGGAGCUAACAGUGCUUGUGGAUAUUAGCCAGCCUGGGAAGGAGUCACCAGCUGCUCUAGCAGAGCUGGAUCCACGUGAAGGGCGGCCUGUGGUCAGUGUCACUGAGGCUUUUAAGAUAAGACAUAAAGUUGAUAGACUGUUACAUGGAGUGGGAAGGUGUAGAGGUGGCAAUGCCCUCUUUGGAUUUCAUAAGAGAAAGUUUCCUCCCCAUGGGCCAGGGGAAGGAUUCUGGUACAGCCCAGAUGCUAAUGAGCCUUGGUGACACUAUGGUCCUCUCUCAGCACCAAUCGACUUUUCUCAGUGUUACUCUGCUGUGGAGUGAAACACUGAAUGUAAGGGAUUAGAGAAGUCUGAGAUGGAGAGAGAGUGCAGCAUCUGGUUUUGUCCUAUGUGUGAAGGCAUUUAGCAUUAUAUUUUUAUGUGUCUGCUGAAACAAUGUCCUGUGAAUGCAUUCACCAGUUGGUAUUUCUUAAAUACCUGCAGGUGAGAAUUCAGUGGGAAAUUAGGAUCCCCAGAAGUUACUGAAAAAUAAAAGGAAAUUAAAGGUGUAUUUUUAAUGGAAAACUCUUUCAGCUUAACAGGCAAUGGUGCAGAAAGCUCAAAUAAAACUUUAUGUCUCUGCUGUUAUGUACUGAUUCACAGCUGUACAUCUCUUGUGACAAAGUGUGGCAAAAUGAAUGAUGUGGUUGCUACCUACAGCUUUAGUUAUUGUUUCUGUCCUGCUUCUUUGGCAGACAUGACUGCGUGGAAUGUGUAGCGAGUGCUUCAGUUCAUUGCAUAUCAUUUUCCACUGUUCCUCUCAUAGGGUAGCAAUUUUGGGAGACAGGGUGGAUAAAUACCGCAUUAAAUACUUAAAUCACAAGAGGCCUUUGGUUUGCCUUCAAGAGGGCAGUUUGUAAGUCAUUGCCAUAUAACUUCCUCGUUCUGAAAACAAAAAUCAUGUUUCCUCAAUUUUUUUUUUCUUCUUUGGUUUUCCUUUUAUAUUGAUCUAAGGUUUAGUCCCUUCUUCUCAGUGCUGGCAGGCUUGGGCUUGUAUUCUUCUUUAGUUAUAAUUUAUCUGAGCCACUGAUAUUGACUGCAUUCUUAAGGGAGCUUAUAAGAUUAAACAGGAUGCAAGAUUUACUUUGAGAUACUGAUGUUUUAUUAGUUUAGUACAGACAUAUUAUAGGAACAGUCUGAGUUGUGAGCAGCUGACAGGAGAAUUUUUUAAGCAUCCUCAAGAAUAUUUAUACCAAAUGUCAGUGUAAAUUUGUGUGUUCAUUCAUGUGCAUCUUAUGACUGAACCUGCUUUGAUGCUCUUUAAAUGUUUCUCUUCUAUUUCUUUGGUUAAUUUCCAUGCAUCAAGUACUUUGUAUAUCCCUAGUAAUAUUCUUUUAUUAUUAGAGAGAGAAAAACCAAACAAAAAACCACUAACAGAAAGCAUUGUGCCGCUGCUCUGUAUUCAGAUUUUAAUUUUGCAGUGUAGUGCUGAAUGUUUAUGUCCUAUACUUGUUUACUCUCCCUGGUUGUUGAUAAAAUCAGAUAGUGGCAUGGUCAUUUUAGAGACUGACAUGUCACUUCUGAUGUGCUCAGCUCUCAGUCUUUAUUCAGUCCAUGUGUAUCCAUGGAGGAGCUUUAGUGUCUUCCUAGCACUGGUAGCUGAGGAUGAUGUACAACCUGUAGUAAUUGCUUCCUGCAGUUAUGCACUGCACUUGCUGCUAGAGGGCUGAGGUGUUGGAAGCCCUCCCUCGUGCAAUUUGGCAGCCACACAGAGGUAGGAGAUGCUCUUGUAUUAAAAAGCACCGCAAUGUCUGCAGGCUGAAACUGCCAUGCAAAUGUGAUGUAUAAUCUGCAAAUGGCUACUUCUCCUUAAAGCAAGUUGUAACAAUUUGGCAGUCUAAAGCAAAAUCUGAGGGGAAAGUUCUUGUCCACCUGAACCUUUUAGGAUUAGAUCUCCCAGGAUUCUGCCUGUUCUAGCAUCUACUUCCGUCUAAAGUAGCAGAUCCUCCUACUAAAUGGGCCAAUAUAAGAACUGUAGGCCUUUUUAGUCUCCUAGUGACUGCAGUUAGUGUAGGCGAGGUGUUGUUUCUAUGCUAUAUUGCACUGCUGCCUUUUCCAGAGCAACUUCACGGACACAGAAUUUAGUUUGUGUCAUGGUUUUGGAGGUGUUUUAUUGGUUGUUUGGGGUUUUUGUUUGUUUCUUUAAAGGAGAGGGAUUAAUUAGCAACAGUGUAGUGAGAAGAGUGUUUUCUCAUUUUCUGAACAUUGUUGUAUGUGUUACAGAACUUGUGCUGAGCUUGACAAUCAGAUAAUGUGGGGAUUGACUGGAGUUUUGAACAUCUGAAAUUAAAACUGUAAUGUGUGAGCAUAUAACUGUUUUUUAUGAAAUGGCUGGGAUAGCCAUGGCCACAUUUUCCUGCAAGGUCGUAUUUGUCAUCCAUCAGGCUCAAAGAAAUACUAGUAGGGUGACUUGGAUGGCACAUUAAUUACAGUUGCUAUAUUCAGAUGCCUGAAUCUAGAUUUGAAUUGAAUGACAACUCUGGCUGAAAUUCUUCCAUCAACUUACUUGGAUUGAAGUAGUGUGCUGAGAUCCCCUCCUUCCCUCAUGGUGUGGUCAGCUGGAGGAGGCAUGUGGGGCAGCUGAGCCAGCUCUGUCUGUAGUGGCCUUCAAGAUUCGGCUGGACCUUGAGUGCUCUGCUCUGAGCUUGGAGCUGACACUGCUUUUAGCAGGGGCUGGAGUAGAGACCUCCCACAGCCACUUCCAACAUGAAUUAUCCUGUGGGCCUGGAUCAGGACCUGGUUAUGCUGAGCAUUAUGCAGAAGGGUGUUAGUGCUGUCCCUAAUCUCCUGUCCCAAGGUUGUCCUGGCAGCUAAAAAUCUUUCUUCAAGUAAUACCAACAGAAGUAAUUUCAGUUGAUGUUAAGUGGUCAGUACCUCUUUUCUUUAUCUUAGUCAGAUCUGUCUUUUUCUGUUGCAAGCCUUUUCCUGUCAGUUUUGCUAAUCACUAUUUUAGAUUCAUAGUGCUGAUAAAUGUCUACACAAAUGCCCAAUAAUGGUGAAAUAAUACAUCCUGUAAGUAGAUCUGGAAAUAUGCACACAGAAAAAAAUAGAAGCAAAGGUAUUACCUUGAGGAUGCAUUAGUUUAAUAUGACCAAAAUGUCUGUAGAUGCGGCACAGGUUUGAAAGAGAUUCAAGCAGGAAUUGUCUUUUGAAAGCAAGCUGGGCUAAUGAAAGCAAGAUGAUUUCUUAGUGUUGCUGGGUCUUGGCAAUAAAGAUUUAGAUGAAAUAGCCUGCAGGAGAGGUGAGCAGAAACCAGUUAGUUAUCACAUCAUGGCAGAAAUUUGAAGAAUAUUGCAGCCCUGGAGGAAGGAAAUAAUUUCGAAGAAAUGUUUCACAGAAGAUUGAAAAAAGAGAGGGAAAGAAAGAUCAAGGUAUUAAAAAUACCUUGUAUUGGGGCUGGUAAAGAUUGAGAUCCUAAAUUAAAUUCCAUCAGGGAUCAGAGAGCCAAAACUAUGAAGAAGACUACCUGAAAACUCUAACAUAAUUUUGGAGGUAGCUUUUGGGAUUUACCAGACUGCAAUUUUAAUUCUUUCGAAGUGCAGAAGGGAGAGGGAGGCACAAUUCUCUUAAUGCUGUGUGAUGUCAGUUUUGGUGAUCAUGACAUGCAGGAUUGUGAUAUCCUUGCAUUGUCAUUACAGUAAGCUGAGAAAGCAAACUGCAGACCCUUUGGGAGAUUGAAAAGCGAAGUUAAAUCUCCCAACAAAGAAUCUGCAAAAUGGGGAUAAAGUGAAUUUAUGUUAAGGUUGGCACAUGGAAGGUUAAUGCCUAAAAUACUGCCCUUCCUUUGGGUAGAGCUACUGUGUAAGAAGUGAAGCUGGUUUGCAAAAGCCCAGCAAAAGGGACCUGAAAUUCUUUAUAGAAGUGUGUGUAAUAUUCUGUACAAUGAAGAAGAGCUGGAAUAGUCUUUUUCUCUUGAACAGCUCUUAAGGCUCUGUCCAGCUAUUGUUGGAAUGUGAGCAGUGCUCGCGUUAUUUGUGCAUCUCUGGCCAAAUGUAACACUGGACAUUGCUAGAAGGUUUCAAAGUGAAACUCAGCCCUGUGGCCACAAGCAAAGUGCAGAUUAGCGAGAGGUUAAAUGCUCAUAUUUCUGGGUAGAUGUAAAAAAAUCCCUUCUCUCUCUCUUCAUGGAUAUGCAAAAAACUGAGCUCUGUGGUCUCACUGACAGCAACCAUGAGAUCCUUCAAAGACACCAAGGUACCCACAGAGUGGGUGUGGGAGCAGUGAGUGAAGUCAGCUGGGCUCUGCCUCUCCAGGGGCCAUGUGUGUAGCUUGUCAGUAAGAAGGAGGGAAGCACAGGCUCUUUUGGCUUCCCUUUUUCUCCUGGCAUUUAAGUUACCUAUUAAACUGUGACCACCCCCAUCUCCCAACCUUCAUGAAGAGGUCUUCUUGUUGGCCACCACAUCAGAACCUUGAGAAAAGAGCACCAAAGGAAGCCCAGAGAGUGAGGCAGGGCAGGACCAGGGAAUGCUAAAAUGUGACUCAGAAGGCACAGAGGAGUAACUGAUGUCUCAGGGAGGAUGAGGAUGCAGAUCUGGUCCCACGGUCUGGCUAGAAGUUUGUCAGUGGGCUUGACAAACCAACACGAAGAGUAAAGAUGGAUGGUGACAGCUCCACAACAGAUGCUUCUCAGUUAGGAAUUGCUGGAGAUUACAUUGGUGGCAGUCACUAUGUCAUACAGCCUCACGAUGACACAGAAGACAGCAUGAAUGAUCAUGAAGAUACAAAUGGUUCAAAAGAGAGUUUCAGAGAACAAGAUAUAUAUCUUCCAAUUGCAAAUGUGGCAAGGAUCAUGAAAAAUGCCAUACCCCAAACAGGAAAGAUUGCUAAGGAUGCAAAGGAAUGUGUACAAGAGUGUGUAAGUGAGUUCAUCAGCUUUAUAACAUCAGAAGCAAGUGAGAGGUGUCACCAAGAGAAAAGAAAGACCAUCAAUGGAGAGGACAUUCUCUUUGCCAUGUCUACCUUGGGGUUUGAUAGCUAUGUUGAACCUUUGAAGUUAUACCUCCAAAAAUUCAGAGAGGCAAUGAAAGGAGAAAAGGGAAUUGGGGGAACAGUUACAACUGCAGAUGGUCUAAGUGAGGAGCUCACAGAAGAAGCAUUUACUAACCAGUUGCCAGCAGGCUUAAUAACCACAGAUGGCCAACAGCAGAAUGUUAUGGUCUACACAACAUCAUAUCAACAGAUCUCUGGUGUUCAACAAAUUCAGUUCUCAUGAUUUUGAAGAAAAUUUUCCAUCUGGGAGCAUGAGACGGAAAACCUGUGCAACUCUAACGAAGAGGCAGUUUUAAUGACUGGUGAAGAGAUUUAUCUCUUUGUAUAUUAAAUAGCUGUAAUGUAGCUACCAGAAGCUUGACUAAUUGAGGUGUGAAUUCUGACUCAAAUCUUUUUCAUGGUGAUUUUAAAGAAAUAAUUGGAUUUUGAAGGUAUUAAAGUAUUUUUGUUUUGUACAAGAGUUUGUUGCUCUGUAUAACUCCUGUAUGCAUUGUAUAUUGCAAUUUAUUACUGUCAGAGAUUUGUAGACAGUUUCUUAUUUUCAUAUUGAAUCAUGUUACUUUUGUAAUUCAGGUAAACAGCUGGGUUAAUUCAUGCUUACCCUUUGAAUAAAACUGUAAGGGUAAAGUUCAUUUUUGAAUGCAAGUUGCCUUUAUUACAAAGAUUGAGUUAGUCUUGGUUAUGUAACUUAUCUUGCAUGACAACCUCAACUAACCUGACACGUCAGCUUAUUUAUUGAGAUUUUGAAAGGGACUUUUUCCUCAUGAAACUAGCAGCUGAAAAGCAUUGCUACAAUUGUUUUUUCUAAUGUAACUUCUGAAUUAAAGGUUAAUCAAAACCAAUGAAUGCUCUACUACAUUUAGAGGUUUGGAGCUUAUCAACAGUGUUAAUGAAAGCACUGACUGUGCAAUGCAGGUUUUCUUUUUUUAAUUUUUUUUCAGUUGCAUUAACUCUCGUUCAACUUACUUUGAUACUUUUAAUAUAGUCUUUCUGCUAUUGAAAUAACUCCUGCUUUUUAUGUAUGGCUUUUAGAAUCCCAAACUUAGAAAUCCUAGGGUAGGGGGAAUUUUAUAGUCCUUGUGGUAAAAGAUCUCAUUUUAACUUUUUACUGAAAUGUUUUAACAUUUCUUGUGAGCCUGUGGAAACUCAAAAGUGGUAGUGUCUUUCUGUGUUUGGGCUGCGUGUUGUGUGGGUGUGUAUGGGCAUGAGUGGCUGACAGCUGAAUAAGUGAUACAAAUCUGAAUUGGAAGACAGACUUCAGGUUUGCUGUCUCUUUCUUGGUUUUGCAAUAAACUCUACCUAGGUAAUGUAGUUCUGUAUAUUUAGUGAGCUAUUCUUGGUAACAUUGCUGUUUCUUUAAUAAUUGGAUGGGUAAUUUUGUUGCCAUGUCUUAGCCUAUUAGGGUAGGGAUGAGGGUUUUAGUAAUAGCUUACUCAGACUGGAUUUUGGGACUUUCCAUAUUUUUACUGUUUCCAGUGGACUGAAAUGUAAUAUAUUAAUUAUCCUUCCACAUAGCUGUUAUUAAUUUAAGCAAACCACACCUUGAAACUCUUGCCAUAUGAUUUCUUGCUGGUUUUGUCUUUCCUUAAAAAAAAAAAAAAAAAAAGAAAUGUAAUAGUUCAAUAUUGGGAAAUUAGCAUAACCUAAGAUAUCCCAGCUCUUUAGCUAAACAAAAACUUCAUAUGCAGAUUUGAGCAGUGUUUCCUACCAGUCAGCAUCCUGCUGGCAGAGCCUCUGGAGGCAAUCCAGUGUAUUCAGGGCAGCCUGCAGGAUGUUCUGGGCUUUGUGGCAGCCUGUUGUUCUUCAGCAGCUAUGAACAAAUGGAGUUUCUCAUUAAAUGUAAAACUGAAUAACACAAUCCCUGCAAGAGCCCCUUCUAUUUCUAUUCCAUUUAUUUCAGGCCAGCAUAGCCUGUUCUUGCUGUUCCCAGAUUUGCAAUGGAAAAAAGCUGUGAUACCAACUAAGGAGAAGCUAGGAAAGAUUUGGCAUUUUGAUAUAUAGAAAGUGGGUUGAGGUGAUCCCACACACUUGAAACACACAACAUUUUUCAGGCUCCCCUCUCUGCUGUGAGUUUAGGUUGACGUGUGUUAAGUUUGUGGUUUAUACUCCAUCAUGUGAGCAAUGAAGCUGAUACUUAGUUUUUCCUUUUUCUUUCUUCUCCCUUUGAGGGCCAGAGCCAAACUGCAUAACUUCUCAUUCUCUUCCUGAAACCACAGCAGUAAAAGUAAUAGUACAACACUUUGUUCGAUGUCUCUCUGAAACCUUUUUCCUAAUAAAAUUUUGCAGGGUAGCCGUGGUACACCAAAUAAAAAAAAUGUGGUCUGAAGAAA